AUGCCCACGGUUUUUGUAGCGAGCACAAAAUUGACGCUGCUUUUUUCUUGGUGGUCAACAGACACUGUCUUCUCAUUCUUGGUGACCCUCUUAGUUUUAUUCAGCCUGACCGUGCUGAAUCAGUACCUGGGCGCGUUGAAGUUUCAGCUUGACCAACAAAAAUCCCGUCGCGAAAGCCACGAGGAUGUGCCCCAUUUCGAUCCACUACCCUCGUGCUGGCCUCGAAAUCGUGCCUCCAAGGACCGUGUCAGUCCCCUUCCCAUGAAUAUCGAAUUCGAUGAUGACAGCACCACCCACACCGAUGCCGGCCCCACGAUCCCAUCGUCAGGAUUCCGAUAUCGACUGUGCCCGGAUGAUACGGACAGACCCAACCAGAUCACCUCUGAUCUGAAACGGUGGAGCGCCGCUAAGCGCCGGAGUUGGCGACAAGGCUGUAUGCUCGCUUUAUUUGAAGGAGUGCGCGCCUUCCUUAGUUAUACUUUGUGA